UGUUGGAGUUGGACAGCAAGGCUGUCACAUCACAUCAGUCCAGGGUGCCUGCCGCCGGCAGAUCAAUUUCCCGGGCUGCCGCUGAUCUGCUUCCACAACCAACAUGAACAACAUGCGGAUGGUACCUCUUCGACCUUCAAUCAUGAGAUGAGGAUCACUGAAUGAAUGCAUUUAAGCUUGCAGAAGAAGAGGAGAAAUGACGACGGUGCUGAGGUUACUUGGGAGGAUCAGCAACGUAUCAGCACCUUCUCCAAACUCAAUACUCGUCUCAGGAGCAUAGAGGAACGACUGGAGGAACUUAAGCAAGAGAAGGAAGCGUUGGAUGACCUCUCUACAGAGCUUGAGCUUACUGAUGAGGACGAACAUGUACUAUCGGCGAAUCUUUCCUUCACCUUGCCUCAACCCCGAGCGAUGAAACGACUUGAAAAGGACCAGGCGGUUAUAUCCGCUCAACUUUCAGACCUAUCAGCAAAUGCAGAACAAUGCGAAAAGGAGAUGAAGGAGCUGAAAGUUACGUUGUAUGCUAGGUUUGGCCGCGCGAUCAAUCUCGAUGAAUGAUCUGUAUCAGCGUCAGUCAUAUCUAUAUUUCAUGAGUCACCUAGGAACUUCUGGCUGUACGUGCCGACUAUGAUCUCCAAUAGCCCAGCUAUCGACAGGUAAGGCGAGCGCCUAAUCUGGGCAACAUUCAUGCCCGAUACUGAUGAUCCGUACCAAGGAAUCUAGGUCUAUAAGACAGAAUUCAUAUUUAUGUCAUCCUUGAGCCUGAGCCAUCGUCCAGCUUGGCGUCGAAUGCUCCCCUCGACUCUGGUCGGUAGUUGGCACCGCAGGAAUGUGUACAAAAACGCACCACUCACCUGAGCUGGCAUUGUCCAUGAAUAAUAACACGGGCUAUUCCAAGUGCCGUGGGCGUCCUCGAAGCAC